UGCUACGUGAUCUCUUUCUCAAUGAAAAGACGUUUCCAAGCUGCAGUAACAGUUGCAUCCCCAGAUCAACAGAAACACUGAAUGACCACACCUCCUGCUGGGCACAGCGGGUCCACCUGGGUCACCCUGCCACCACAUCCAGCACCUGGAGUCCCAUGAUGAGCACCUAGCCCUGCACCACAGCACCCAAGGGAUCUCUCUUCCAGAUAGAUGCACCAAUGACAUCUCAUGAUCCAAGGGGGGAUUGCUUCUCAGGCAUUUCUGGUACCUGCUUAACCCCUACUAAUGUCUCCUGCUGAGAAGAGGCUUGGUGGAGCAGGUCAAGGCUUCUUUCACAUGGUGGCACAGAAAUGGACUGUAUGCAGAAGCCCACCUCAAGGAACAGCAUGGACCAGAUGCUCAGCAUUGCUGCUGGGGCUGGUGGCCUUGAUUUCAGCUCUGCAGCACCCAGUGCAAGGUUCCUUAACGGUUCAGCCAGAUGCAGGCACCAUAGAUGAAUCAUGGCCACCUGAAGAAUUAUCAUCUUCUGCAGCCAGUGAAAUCCUUGGGUUAUAUAUCCAAGAAGAGAUAGAAAAUAAUACUAUGUUUUACAAUACCACACCCACCAGCAACAUUGUCAAUGAUACAAGUCCAACCAGCUCUAUUCAGAACAAUGUGUCUGUACAGUUUGAAGAACCUGGUCCUUCUGAAUCUCCAAUCCUAUCUCCAUUUCAACCUACAGAUCCAGUCUCUUCUGUGCUACCUUCUGCUGGAGUAUCAACUGUUUCAACUACAGGAAAUGCAACACAAAACUUCACUUCUACAGAAAAGCCUCCCCCUUUUUCUUCUGUGACUCUCACAACCCCCACAACUCAUGUGUCCCCAUCUAUUAUUUAUACAUUGUUGUCCACUCAGUUCACCAAGACUGGCCAGACAUCAACAUUAGGAGUUGUUACUACAGGCUCUACACCAACAAGCCAUAGCAUACAUACACCUAUCACUGUCCUUCUUCCAACAACGUCACAAACCACAACUAUAACAUCACCCUCUUUAACUACUACCAAUACACCUAGUACAGAUACAGUCACAACUGUGCCAGAUACCACCAAAGUGUCAACUGUUCUUACUCACACCGUACCUUCAUCAACAAAGCCAUCUACAGCAACAUCCCCGAGGACAUCCGUGGCUUCUGUCACAACAGCAACAAACGCAACCAUUGUAAAUAUCACAACUCCGACAACCAUGCUGAGUCCAUCCACAACACCUUCUUCAUUUAAGUGCAAGCCAUCCUACGAUAACAUGGUGAAAACUGUUCUCACCCUGAUGUAUCAGCCAUCGACUAAAGAAGAUAAAGAGACCAUUAUGCAGACAUUUCAAGUGUUCCUCAAUCUUACUCUAUACCGAGCUUUAAACCAGUCCAUCCAAGUAUUUAUGAAUAGCACCACACUAAAUGAGUCGAGUCAGCCGCGUAACAUGACAUUGGGAUAUUCUGUAUCAGUCAACAAUUCAUUAUACAUCCCAUCAGCCAUUGUAGAUGUUCUUACACGAAGUAACGUCUUUGACGUUGCAAAACUUAAACUUAACAUUUCAGGCCUGCAGUCUGUGCCGAUAAUAGCUGAACCAUGGGAACCUGACCCUGAUAUCAGCUUUAGGGUAAAAACAAUCCUGAAAUUAAUGGGAACAGGCGCUAACAUCCAUACUUGUGUGUAUGUCCGAAACAUGGAACAAAAGCUACAGACAGCGUUUGAGACAGCGGAAUUUACCAGUACUGGGGGGAGCAGCAACCUCUCAGUUCAGAUUUUAAACACAUCCAUAGAAAGCCAAGUUCUGACCCUGAUCUAUGUAGUGAAGAAUAAUGGCAAAGCUUUAAAUGGUACGACGGCUAGCAGCCUUCUCAAUGUCCUUUCUGGAGAAAUGGUUGGGUACUAUCUGGGAGACCCUCCGUCCAUUAUUGCUGAACCAUUGUAUUAUCCAAAUAUUGAUAUAUCAGGUUCCACUAUGAGCUACUGGGUGUACACAGUGAUACAAGGAGUUGAUAGCCAGUUACUUGGAGCAAACAACCAAAGCUUUACACGGCAGAUGGAAGAAAGAUUGGCCACUCUUUUUCAGAUCUCUAGUCAACAGUCAAGAAGAUUUAGAAGAGCGACCAAUGUAGGCAGCUACACAGUUCAGAUGGUGAAAAUGCAACGGUUGGAUGGUGCUAAUAACCUGGCUGAACUGACUUACUAUGCUUUAAAAGAUGGCCAGCCAAUACAGGGCACAUCUGCUGCCAAACAACUGAGUACCAUCGACCCUCAGACCAUGGCCCUGACCCUUGGAUAUAUUGUCAGAGUGCAAGCAAGUUCUGUUGUGCAAGUUCCACCAAACAACUUGUGGAUUAUUGCAGCCGUCUUGGCUCCUAUAGCUGUUGUGACCGUCAUUAUUAUCAUCAUUACUGCUGUCCUCUGUCGAAAGAACAAAAGCGACUUCAAGUCAGAAAACCUCAGCAACCUCCCUCCCAGGACCAAGCCAGUUCAAGGUUUCGAUUAUGCAAAGCAGCACCUUGGACAGCAAGGAGGGGACGAAGAUGUGCUCCCUGUAACCCAAGAGACUGUGGUGCCAUCACUCAAUUUAUCCCAAGAAAGAGACAGCACAAAGGAUGGCAGCACGGAGAAGAUGCUCAAGUCUUCAGAUAAUAGAAAGAGCCGGUCGCCUUGUGAAAAUGGUUCCGUCAUCAGCAACGAAUCAGAGGACGCCAGUUCAGACAGGAGCACUCCGCAGAAAGUAAUGGCUCAGCACCGAGUGACAAAGGAUGAGGCCUGCAAGCGGAACGUGCCAAUAAGUGAUGAAGAGGAGGGGAAUAUUCACUAUGACAAAAACAAAAUCAUUUCUGACCCAUUUGACUCCUCGUCUGGCUCAGUGCAACUCAUUGCAAUAAAACCAGUGUCUAUACCCCCGGCUCUUACCCUAUCGGAAAGGAAUCAGGAGAUGUCAAUCAUUAAUGGAGAGGUCAAUAAAGCACUAAAACAGAAAUCAGAUAUAGAACACUACCGCAACAAACUACGUCUUAAAGCAAAGAGGAAGGGCUACUAUGAUUUCCCUCCCAUAGAAACAAAAUCACUCAAUGACAGGAAGAGGAAGGCAUUUGAAAAUACUCAGAUGGAGAUUGACAACGUCUUGGAUGCUGGUACAGAUACCUCUUCACCAUUUGCGGAGCCUAAGAACAGGCAAGCCUCCAUGAAGAACCAUCCAUAUAGAAGUCGACAGUCUCUUAAUAGCCCAAGCCCCGGGGAAACUGAAAUGGAUCUUCUUGUGACACGGGAAAGACCUAGACGUGGAAUUAGAAACAGUGGUUAUGAUACGGAACCAGAGAUAAUUGAAGAAACAAAUAUUGACAGGGUAAAACAAGCCAGGACAUAUAUUAAAUCACGUCAAGCUAAAGGACACUCUGAGACGUCCACCCUGAGCUCUCAGCCUUCUAUCGAUGAAGUCCGGCAGCAGAUGCACAUGUUGUUGGAGGAAGCUUUUAGUUUGGCAUCUGCAGGGCAUGGUGGACCCAAACGGCAAACAGAUCCAUAUGCCUCAGUUCAACAUAUGCCAUAUUCAGAAGUUGUCACCAGUGCUCCUGGCACUAUGUCACGACCUCGGGUGCAGUGGGUACCGACUUAUGGGCCAGAGAUGUAUCAGUACAGUCUGCCCAGACCAAAUUACAGAUUUUCCCAACUACCUGAAAUGGUCGUAGGUUCUCCACCCCCACCAGUACCCCCUCGGACAGGUCCUGUUGCUGUCCCCUCUCUAAGGAGGUCUACAUCAGAUAUGGCAAAAAAGAGCAGAAUGCCAGAGCCUGGGGGGAAUGACCAAGGUCCAGGUGAGCAUGUCGGGUUUCCAGCUGUUUCAAGGGGGUCGGUUCCUGUGGCCCAAACGGAUCAGUCUGUAUCAAAUUAUUCAGGUAACUCAAUGCCUGCUGUAUUCGCCAUACCAGGGAACCGAGCUGGAUACUCCGGUUAUUACAUUCCACAACCACCAGCUUCAUACCGGAACCAGGCCUGGAUGUCGUACUCAGGGGAGAAUGAUUUACCAGGGCAGUGGGCAGACUCGGUUCCUCUCCCAGGAUACAUUGAGGCGUAUCCCAGAUCAAGAUACCCACAGAACUCUCCUUCUCGACUUCCCAGGCAGUUUGGCCAGCCAGUUAAUUUACAUCCUAGCCUAGACCAUGCCACUGGACCAUCUAUUGGAGCUUCUCAACAAAGUCUAGCAGACACUGAUACUCCAGACGCCUCCAUCACAAACCUAUCCACAGCCGCACUGGUUAAAGCCAUAAGGGAAGAAGUUGCUAAACUGGCAAAAAAACAGACAGACAUGUUUGAGUUUCAGGUCUGAGGAUACCAUGGAUUCAUCUCAUGUGCUACAAUGCACCAAAUGCUAUGUUGUUCAGUAAUGGUAACAGUGCCUAAAUAAAUAAGAACUUACAUGGGGUUUUAUGAUAUUUUUAUUGAAAUGGAUCAUGACAAAUGAUGAUCUGUUACUAAUGCUUUGAUUUUUAUUUAUAAUUGUAAAUUAUUAAAUCAUUUUUCUAUUGACCUCAACACCAAACCGAUCAACUACUUUUUGUUAUGUUGAAUAUUCAUAAACGAUGAACCUAACCAUCAGCCAUGUCAGUGUGGAUUUAUUCAUGAUGGGCAGGGCAAGUGUGUUGCUGACUAUUACUGUGUUGCUCCCACUGUUUACACUAUUGAGCAACUCUUAACUCCUCGUGGGCAGGACUGUACUCCAGUCAAAAUGAUGGACAACUCUAAUAUAAAGAUCCAGAUUCUCCCAUGUCUCUACAAUUCCUGCUGAUGAUCGUGUUUUUUGGUCUGUUGUCAAUGCAUAAUUUAGGCACAUACUUAUAAUGUUUAACAAGACUGUAAAGCAACGUCAAGCCUAUACUGUACCUUCUGUCCAGGAUUGUAUAACACAUUCAUGGACAUCAUAGCUACAUAAUCGGAUAAUGUACAUUAUUACUUUCUUAUCUCUAUUAUUGCUGUCCAUUUUACUUUUUUACUUGCUCCAGGAGAAUCACUUUUAAAAUAAGUGCCAUCAUAUUUAUUUAUACCGCAUGUAAAGCCUAAAACUGUAUUUUCUCAAUAAAGUUAGUUAAAGGGGUCAUCUCAUGAUCGCCAGGGGGACUGACUGAAGAAUCCCCUAGUAAACGGCUGUUAUCAGAGUCUGGUCCACCACUUCAAAGGAGUGGUGUAGUGCAUUUUUUUUUUAUCCCAUUGUGCCUGGGCUGCAAAAAAACAAACAAAAAAAAACCUUUAACUUACCUUCUGAUUCUCCCCCGUUGCGCUGCUAUAGCUCUUUGGUCUUCCCGGUCUUCUUCCUGCUUCCAUGUGCACAGAUUGUCAUACUGCGAUCUGUGUAUAGCCGGCCGCAGUGAUGGCUCGCCUUGGCCAGUGAUAGGCUGAGUGCAGUGUCAUAUAACAGGCCCGGGCAGCUGGAAGAAGGUGGGGCCCAGGCUUGUUAAGCGACACUGCGCUCAGGCUAUCACCGGCCAAGGCGGGACUUUGCUGCAGUUGGCGAUAUGCUGAUUGCAGUGUGACGAUCCAUGCACAUGGAAGCAGGAAGAAGACCGGGACUGAAGAGCCAUAGCAGCGCAACGGGGGAACGUCGGAAGGUGAGUUUUAUUUGUUUGCAGCCCAGGCACAAUGGGACAAGAAAACAAUGCACUACACUACUCCUUUAAAUAAAUGGCAAACCACAUAAUACAUAGACAAGCCAGAUCCUCAAGAAGGUGAGACAUGAACAGUAGGGUUGUCUUUGCCAGAACUCCACUUUAAUGUGGGUCAUCAUUCCCUACCAUCUACUUAUCAAACUAGUUGAUUUUCGCCAGGUAGAAUGUCUGUGACUAUAUAAUGGGGAAAACUAUUCAACAAACCCCAUCCACAAAAUAUAAAAUAAACUGCAAGGCAAUCCUAACUUGUGGCCCAGUUGAUGAAAAGUUGCACUAAGUCAGCACCCUUUCCCUCAACAUUGCAAGGUCUUUCAGACUGGCGCUGGGCUGAAGCAGGUAAACUGAGAACCUUGAGUAAAUUUGGCUUAGAACCCGAUCUUAGCCGGCUGCACAAAAAAGCCUCUGUCUGCCUGAGAUUUCUAUUAUUUAGUAAGAAAUAAUACUAAGCCAUGAAACAGAGAGCAAAAGAGACGACCUAAUAAAAUCUACUUUUCAGCCUAGGAAUGCAUGUGAGAUAGAAUCCUAUUUUAUAUGAAGCUUUGUGUCUUCUUAAGGUGUACAUACGGUAAGAACACCUUUGGUCAUGCAAACCAACUGGAUACAUUAUGUGCAAUGAAAUGUGAAUGUAUAUAUAUAUAUAUAUAUAUAUAUAUAUAUAUAUAUAUAUAUAUAUGACCAUUUCACUGUUCAGCCUUCUUGCAUUCCUAUUGAAGAUGUGCCACAUUUAUUGUAUAAAGUCCAAUGUUAACCAUGGGUAAGGCUACAUUUAUAGCUUCAUCUGCAUUCCCACAUUGCAUUUUUACAAUUUGUGUGAUGAAAAGAACAAGUUUAAUAUCUAUUCAGUAUUUCUAGGGUUGCGCAUGGUGGUCACACAAUAUUAAGCCUGCCUGUUAUGCCAUAUAAUAGACUCCUGGUUGCAGAACUGGUAUCAUCUACAUACUAGAAUCAUGAACCUCAGUAGGUUGAAAUUGCUACACACCUAGGCAUCUAUCUCCAGUGGCUCCAUAGUAGCUACAUGGACUGUCUCUUUAUUAUUAAUAUGGUUAUGUUAUGAGAUAUCUCACACUGAUAUUGGUGGAAGCACCCCUUGCUGUUCCUUGUAAUGUUCAUUUCUGGGUCCACCUUACGCAGCGUGCAGUGGUGAACACACAAGUUCCAUUACUGACCAUCUCCCCAGGCGCAUUGAUACCUAUGUGCAUUUGUCUAUCAUAUACUUUCCUUAUAACCUUACAUGAGCUUGUAUAUGUCACCAAAGAUAUAUAUAACCCUACAUAUAUAGUAGGUAAAGGUAUGUAUUUGUAAUUAUAACACCAAAAAGAGAACCAUACCACAAAUUAAACAGAAAAGUAAUAGAAUGUACAAAAUCAACUUUAUUAAUACAAUUUAGUAAAAAAAUAGAUAUUAAAAUUAAAACAUAAAUGGAUAGGCACUAGUGGACAUACAAAGAUAUAGGACAAUGGUAGGACCCAAAUACAUCAAAAUAUACAAGUAUAAGGAGUAAAUGCCACAGUAGCUGGUAGGAUACAAGAGUAAUACCUGCCAAAAGUAUACAAUAAAGGGUGCCAAACCAUACCUACACCUGAACCCCAACGAUCGUUUCGCUAUUAUGCCGCUUCUUCUUCUUUUUGAUUUUGUACAUUCUAUUACUUUUCUGUUUAAUUUGUGGUAUGGUUCUCUUUUUGGUGUUAUGAGCUUGUAUAUGUGAAGAGAGAUAAUUCAUAGAAACAUAUACUGUUUAUCUUUUAGAGAGAAUUGGUCUAUGUGUAGUACUAUUUUUAUUUCUCUUUACAUGCUUAUAGUAAUGCAUAUAGUCAUAUAUGAAGCACAAAUAAUAAAUAAGAAGGAUACAUUGUGGGGGACACUAAGUAGAGAAAAAAAUUAUGGGAAAUUAGAUCCCAUAGAACUUUGUAUUAGUGAGAUCUCUGAAGUUAAGUGUGAGGGACUAUUUUCUAUGUAGGUCGGUGGAGGGAGACAGGAGACCUGAGCUCUUAUAACUAGGGAAUUUCCAAGGGCCAGGCUGAAAUACAGCUGGUUCCUGGUCACAGCAUUACAUUGGUGCACGCCUACAAAAAAGUGAAGAGAUAAGAGCUGUAUAUAGAUGAAGAAAUAGGCUAAAAAUUGCACUGGACAGAGGCUGUACUUACAUGGAUAGUGUUAGAAUAGUGGUGUGUAUUGCUCCAUAGCUCUGUUUUGUUUUGCAUUAUGUGGGAUAUUCCCUUUUAGCAUGAUUGAGAAUCAUUGGGAAAACUGACCUGAAGUGCGAGCACUGUGUCUUCUUGAGAACUAACAAAGGGCCUAGAUCAAAUUGCCACUUUUUGUCAAUAUCCAGCCAUGUCCACAUACUUGCAAUGUGAUCCACAUACAUAUUUAACAGACCAGACUUGAAAUCUAUGUAAGAACAUGAAGCUUCCAUAAGCAAUAAGCCAUAAAUACAGGUUCUUGUUUGUUUUGUAACUUUGAGGGAAUGUAUGGGGUACAGAACCUUGAUGCAGACACCUUGUAAUUUGUGUAGCAGUUCUAUGUGCUGGAAUGGAACAUGCUGCAAUAUGUGUUGUGUGAGGAAUUUAGAGACAAUAUUGUACUUCCACCUAAAAUCCAAGUCAUGAGGAUAUAUAUGUAGUAACAGUAUAUUGGGGACAUAUUACAGAGUCAUACCAAAUGGGUCCAUAACGUGCACUCAGCUGUAUCACAACAUUCACACAGACUACAUAUCUGUAUGAAAUUCUGAACAACUUUUUUCAACCUGCUAUGCUACAUUUUGCUAUACAUGACCCUAAUAUUAUUCCACCCUUAUUUUUCAAAAGGACACUCAAAUUUUAAGUCUACAUUUUUCUGCAUGCAACAGUGCAUACUACAGUCUCACAGACAAUAUAACCAAAUGACUGCAAACUGUAUUUUAGGCCUCGAAGACAUUGAAUUUGUCUCGUGUUUAGUACGAGUUUCCUUUAAUUUUUAAUUUUUCCGUUAAGGACAUAUUUUUUCAUGUAAACAAGUCUUAUAUAUGUACAUAACUGAAAUGUAUUUUUGUAAUCUUUAUGUAAAUAUCUUUAUGUAUAUAUAUAUAUAUAUAUAUUGUACAUAUAUUACAGAUAUAUGCAAACUGUCAGGCUGCAAUGGAUUGAUCCAAUGAUUAACUUGAAUAAAGAACCGUUCAGGGCCAGGUGUAUGAAAAGCUACAAGGACUUUUACCUUAAAAAGAUAAGGUACCUCACCUUACCACAAAAAGAUUCAUGUCUACCCAGGAUAUGAGGAUACUUUCUGCAUUAGCUGCCUUGAAACAUCAGUACUUAUUGUUUUCUUUCAUUUCAUUGUCAUGCUACUUUUACUGCAUUGCUUGUGAUUAUGAUCUUGUUAAUCUGUAUAUUAAAACACUUACUGUAUACACA